AUGGCAGACAUAAAUGUUGUUCGCAGCGAUCAGCAGCAGUCGCUUAGAGUCGCGCAGACUCCUUCAUUCUGCAGACUAUGUAACAUCGAGCUACGAGGACUGGAAACAUGGAAAGCCCAUGUCAAAAGCGACGGACAUGUUCACAAACUACAAGAGAAAAUCCAUGGCAUUACAGUGUCAUCAACAACAGCUUCUUCCUCAAAAUUGCCCCCGCCUACAAGAAAGAUAAGAGACUACUUUGAGGACGAUGACCCGGAAUCAGAAAGUGAUGUUCAAGAAGAUGAUUUUGAAGAAGACCAGGAACUCGUCACGAUGGAGUUCGUGCCUGGUCACUGCCUCUUCUGCACCAAAGACUCUUCAACUUUAGACGAGAGCAUGAAACAUAUGUCUUCAGCACACGGCUUCAAUAUUCCCUUCCAAGAAUUCUUAGCAGUCGAUCUCGAAACACUUGUCUCCUACCUUCACUUCGUCGUCAACACAUACCGAGAAUGCAUCGGCUGCGGCACGCGUCGGAGUACAGUUGAGGGCAUACAGCAUCACAUGCUAGCCAAAGGCCACUGUCGCUUCGAUAUUACACCAGAAACAGAAGAAUUCUACAAUAUACCACAAUACGACGAUGCUUUGGGGGAUAGAAAGCAAGAUGCUGGUGAUCCGGUCAGGCUACCUUCGGGGAGAGUCAUCUCGCAUCGCAAACACGAAGAACCUCGCGUUCCUCGUAGAGAUACGCCAGAUCAGAAACGUCUUGACUCCUCAGAGCCUGUGGAGCCAGGUAUGGAGAUUGUGCAUCGACGAACGGUCAAUGGAAAUCGAGGGGUUGUGCAGGCUAAUGAAGCCAUCCUUGCCGCGCAGCUGUCACGGCUCAAGGUUACUAGUGACAGAGCAGCACAGCGGCAAGAGAAGCGGUGGAGGGGAAGAUUGGAACGGGCGAAUAACUUCUUUGCGCUGAAGAGAUUUAGGUUGGAUGCUGCGGAUAGUCGAAUGGGCCGUCAAUUUUGA